GUGCGGACGCAGAGAAAGAGUUUUGAUCGGGAGAUGGUGGAAAAUUAUCCGCACCCCUGAAUCUAGGUUUUGUUUUUUCGGUAGUGCCUGUAUCUAGGGCUUGUACUUUCAUUAAAGACUUUAUUUUUUCGGAAAAUGUUGAAUUAGAAUUAAUCAUAAAUGAUAUGAUUUUUCCGAUCAUUCCAUUACAAGCUUCCUGCUGUGGCGUCAUUGAAUGAUCAUGUUGUAAUGGGUAGGGAGGAGGAAGAAUAACGAGAAGAAGUUGAUUUCUAGCAGCUCAAUUUUUGUUUUAUGUUUUGUAAAAUAACAACUAAUGGGUGUUUCGGUGGAUUUUUUUUAAUGUUCUUAUUCCUGUGCUGUCGGAAAUGUGUGCUCAUUUUUUAUACUUAAGUUGCUUGUGAGAUCUGUAUGCAUCAGUUUUAUCGAAUGUAAUUUGAUUUUCUCUGUACUUCUAUUCCACUGUUGUCACAAUAAUGACAGUUGAAAAUGGUAUGAAAAAAAAUAGAAUUUUCCUACCAGGAUGGGUAGUGUCACUUAAAUUCUUUUUGCCAUUUGGGAGCGGAGCUCUGCUGGAAUCUAUAUGUGUAUCGGAUAGACCCAAGUGCUGUUGAGUUUGCACAAAAUGGGUUUGCUACUAAAAACUUUUUCUGCAUAAUAAUCGAUCUCUGCAUUGCUGUGAUGGAUAAGACUUUUCUUUUAACUUAAUUUGUGUGAUAUGGUUUUCCAAUACAUAAGCUGGACAAUUCGGGUUUUAUAAGCAUUCAGUUAUAUAAAUUAGUAAUUUUUUACAAUAUCUUUUAUGGUCAACCCCAUUUGUUAGCAUGAACAGAUUUCUUUUGGUGUUUUUUUUUCCCUACCAAUGAGAAAGAACUGAAAUGGAGGCUAUGCAUGCGCCUUUAAGUCCUGUAUUCAUGCAUAGUAACCAAACUUGUUCCCAUAGGUUAAUUGACAUUUAGUUAAAUAUAGAAAGAAAGAAAGAAAGAAAGAAGGUUGUUCACUUAUUCCCCAAAAUCUGAUGUGCUUAACUCUAAAAAAACAAUUCUAAAAUUAAAUUACCCACUUGUACCGGUGAAUCUCUAAGGUUGAAAUGUCUUGAAUCUGGUCUUUUUAUCAGAUGUAUCUUGAUGUAUAAGUGAAAUGCUUGGUUGGAGUCAAUGGAAGAAGAAGAAGAAGAUCAAAUUUUGUUAAGCACUUUGGGUGUUGCAUCGGCAAAUCCUGAAGACAUUGAAAGAGACUUAUUAGCUGAGCAGGCAAGAAGCAAUGUUGGGAAUGACAGUGAAGAUGGAGGAAACACCAAGGAACAACAUUUUGACAAAAAUUUACAAUCAUCAUCAACUGGCCAAGCAAAACUCUAUAGUAAGUUGAGGGCUGUAGAAAUUGAAAUAGAAGCUGUUGCAUCUACUGUUGAACAAGUGAAAGAUGUUGCAAGAAACGAAGUCCACAGCACUACUGCAAAUGACAGAAGGGGAGAAGGAGAUGCAAUAGAUGAUAAAAUUGUUUCUCAGAAGUCUUCUAGUGGUUUGACCCUUCAGCAUGCCCUAGUCGCUGAUCGACUAAGAAGCCUUAAGAAAACAAAGGCUCAACUUGAAAAAGAACUUUCAGAGUUCUGUAAUGACAAUCCUUCUGAAGGCAUUGAGCAUGAUAGCUUGUUACAAACUCUGGUAAGAGAGGAGCCAGCACCCAAGAGAAAGUUAAAAGAAGUUCAGAAAUCAAGCAAAAAUUUUAAAAAGCGGAAGAAAGUUGUUUCAUUUGCAGAAGAUGUUGAUUUUGAUUCAGCGUUGGAUGCCGCUUCUGCUGGAUUUGUUGAAACUGAAAGAGAUGAGUUAGUUCGGAAAGGAAUUUUAACUCCUUUCCAUAAGCUGAAGGGCUUCGAACGCUGUCUUCAGCAACCCGUGCAAUCUAAUAGGCAGAAUUUACCCAAAGAAGAAGAUGAAAUUGAUCAAACUACGUCUGCUAGCAUUGCUAGAGCUGUGCAAUCAAUAUCUGAGGCUGCACAGGCUCGACCAACAACCAAGCUGCUUGAUGCAGAAGCUGCACCUAGACUUGAAGCACCUGCCUGCCCUUUUCACAGGCUAAAAAAACCAACAAAAGUUUCCCUGUCCCCAGAAAGUGAGACAGAGAAGAAAAAAGCUGGAAAAGGGAAAAAGAAAAGGCCUAUACCUGGCAGGAAAUGGAGAAAAUUGUCAUCUCGUGAAGAAAAAUCUUCAGAAGAAAGUGAAUAUGGAAGGGAUAACUUGAUUGGUAAUGAAGAAGAAAACCAAGAGGCUGUUGCUGUUGAAGAUGCUGAACAUCAUUUUGUAACACUUGAAGGUGGGCUGAAAAUUCCAGAAACCAUUUUUAGCAAACUAUUUGACUACCAAAAGGUGGGUGUACAGUGGCUAUGGGAACUGCACUGUCAAAGAGCUGGUGGAAUUAUUGGAGAUGAAAUGGGUCUUGGUAAGACUGUCCAGGUUUUAUCUUUCCUUGGAGCAUUGCAUUUCAGUAAUAUGUACAAACCAAGUAUAAUUGUUUGCCCUGUCACGCUCUUGCGACAAUGGAAAAGGGAAGCACAAAAAUGGUACCCAAGAUUUUGUGUGGAGAUGCUACAUGAUUCAGCUCAGGAUUUUCCUAGCAAAAAGAAGCAAGCCAAAACAUAUGAUAGUGAUUAUGAAAGUGAUGAGUCACUCAACAGUGAUACUGAAGGAAAUCUAUCUUCUAAGCACACGAAAAAAUGGGAUUCUUUGAUAAAUCGAGUGUUGGGAUCAGACUCUGGUUUGCUUAUCACUACGUAUGAGCAACUUCGGCUGCUUGGGGGAAAACUGCUUGACAUGGAAUGGGGUUAUGCAGUAUUGGAUGAAGGACAUCGAAUUCGAAAUCCAAAUGCAGAAGUUACUCUAGUUUGCAAACAGCUACAGACAGUUCACCGAAUAAUAAUGACUGGUGCGCCAAUUCAGAACAAGCUCACUGAGCUUUGGUCAUUGUUUGAUUUUGUUUUCCCUGGAAAGUUGGGGGUAUUGCCUGUAUUUGAGGCAGAAUUUUCUGUUCCUAUAUCUGUUGGUGGCUAUGCUAAUGCUUCACCAUUGCAAGUCUCCACUGCUUACAGGUGCGCAGUGGUCCUACGUGACUUGAUUAUGCCUUACCUGCUCCGGCGCAUGAAGGCUGAUGUGAAUGCCCAACUUCCGAAGAAGACUGAACAUGUCCUGUUCUGCAGCCUUACUGCUGAGCAGCGAUCUGUAUAUAGGGCAUUUCUUGCUAGUUCUGAGGUGGAACAGAUAUUUGAUGGAAAUAGAAACUCUCUUUAUGGAAUUGAUGUCAUGCGUAAGAUUUGUAACCACCCUGAUCUGCUUGAGAGAGAACACUCCUUCCAGAAUCCAGACUAUGGAAAUCCUGAACGCAGUGGAAAAAUGAAAGUUGUUGACCAAGUGCUUAAGAUGUGGAAGGAACAGGGCCACCGUGUUCUUCUUUUUGCACAAACUCAGCAAAUGCUUGAUAUUCUUGAGGGUUUUCUGACUGCUGGUGACUAUAAUUAUCGAAGAAUGGAUGGUCGAACACCCAUAAAACAAAGAAUGGCCUUGAUAGAUGAAUUCAAUGACUCAAAUGAGGUGUUCAUUUUCAUUUUAACAACCAAGGUUGGUGGUUUGGGGACAAAUCUAACUGGUGCGAACAGGGUAAUAAUCUUCGACCCUGAUUGGAACCCAUCAACGGACAUGCAGGCUAGGGAACGUGCUUGGCGCAUUGGUCAGACACGGGAUGUAACAGUUUAUAGAUUGAUCACCCGUGGAACUAUAGAGGAGAAGGUGUACCACCGGCAGAUUUACAAACAUUAUCUUACAAAUAAGAUAUUGAAGAACCCACAACAGAGAAGGUUCUUUAAAGCCCGGGAUAUGAAGGAUCUCUUCACUUUGAAUGAUGAUGGUGAGGGUGGUUCCACUGAAACAUCAAACAUUUUUAGUCAAUUGUCGGAAGAUGUAACUGUUGUGGGCAUGCAAAAAGACAACCAGGAUAAGCAGAAAUCUCGCAAAGUGGCAGCAAGACAUGCUGAUGAUGCUGUGGUUGACAAAAUCAACUCAAAUGCUAAAGCAUGCAGAAGGAAGGGGAAAGAAAAGGCUGAUCAGACUGAAGGUGAAGUAGAUGAUGAAACCAAUAUUUUGAAGAAUCUUUUUGAUGCUCAUGGCAUACAUAGUGCCAUGAACCAUGAUGUUAUCAUGAAUGCACAUGAUGGAGAGAGAAUGAGGCUCGAGGAGCAGGCCUCCCAAGUUGCACAAAGAGCAGCAGAAGCACUGCGCCAGUCACGACUGCUUCGAAGUCGAGACAGUAUAUCUGUCCCAACAUGGACAGGGAAAUGCGGAGCUGCUGGUGCUCCAUCUGUUCACCGCAAGUUCGGCUCAGCUGUGAACACCCAGCUGAUUGUCAAGUCUAAAACAUCAGAAGUUUUGUCCAGUGAUGGAGCAUCCAAACCAAACGCAUUUGCUGCUGGGGCGUCAGCUGGAAAGGCUUUAUCUUCAGCUGAAUUACUUGCUAAAAUUCGAGGGAACCAAGAAAGAGCAGUUGGUGAUGGUCUUGAACAUCAAUUUGGCUUGGCUACACCUUCCACUCACGAAACAAAAUCAGCCAAUACCAAACCUUCUAGAUCACCCCACAAGAUAUCUAGAGUGCCGCCCGAAGUACUGAUUCGCCAGAUCUGUACGUUCAUACAACAAAGAGGUGGGCGUACCACUUCGGCCAGCAUAGUGCAGCACUUCAAGGACAGGAUAGCCCCAGAUGCUCUUCCCUUGUUUAAGAAUCUUUUGAAGGAAAUAGCCACACUAGAGAAAGACCCAAAUGGGUCUUCCUGGGUCCUAAAACAAGAAUAUCAAGAAGAAUAGUAGUUUUUGUAGUUGCCAUUUUUGGCCCGGUGGGCGAUCUUGGUGGUAUUUUUUUCUACAUAAAAGAAAGAUGGAGUUGUCGCAUUCCUUGCUGUACCCCUGCUUCUGUGAGAGGUAAAGGGAAAAUUUUAUUCCCCGUGUCGUUUGCUGCAAUGCUCCUUGCUACACUGGAGACGGCUCUUCAAAUUUGUAGAGCCGUUAACUGCCCCAACCUGCUCAGAGCCAACCUGAACGGUUAGUAGGUACCCAUUUUGCCGUACAUAGUAAAUAUUGUAGAUUUUGUUCCUCAAUUUAGAAUGUUGCUUUUUUGUAUUGACCGUGAAGGAAAAUCUCACAUGUAAUCAAUUUUGUAUAUAUAGUCGACGAGGAAUUUUGCGUCAAUUUAAACACUCAAAAUGUCUGGAUUUAUGUCUUGUGCUACUCGUGCGACUGUGUAUUAUGGGCGAUUUGAAUUUGCGAUAAAAAUCGAAAUGUUUUGUGGAUGGAUA